UGAGCCUGCGAGCUCCGGGAUGCCUCGCUACGAGCUGGCUUUGAUCCUGAAAGCCAUGCAGCGGGAAGAAGAGUCAUAUUGGAAACUUUUCAGUUUUGUAUGCAUGUUCCUUGGGCACCAGCAUUUGUAGAGGAAACAUUGCAGCAAUGAUGUUAUGGUUGAAAAGGCUGAAGAAAUUAUACUGGAUUUAAAGUGGUUUAAAAGGGUUGGUACAGUAGGCCUCACUAGACUUAGCUGCAACUCAGAAUUUCUCCUCCAACAACUGAGUAAAUGCUGAUGGUCUUGUGGAAUGUGGAUUAAAAGUUCGGGCUAAGUUCUCAAAAUUCCAAUUAAGAAGCGGAAAAAAAUUUUAAAAACUGUCUCCUUCAAAGUUUGUCACAACCAACACCAUCAAGACAGCAAAUCAAACGACAAAGACUUUGACCUGCUAUAUUACUAUAUUUAGUCCAGUCCACGUAUGGCAUAAAGACUUGGCUGGGGGGAGCAAAAAGUAAAGUUGAACACCUCUCUCAUUGGAAGCUGUUGACUUAACAAAGUUACCAAAAUGAGGGCUGUGCUGGAGACAGCAGACAUUGCCAUUGUGGCCCUGUACUUUGUGCUGGUCAUGUGCAUUGGUUUUUUUGCCAUGUGGAAAUCCAAUAGAAGCACCGUGAGUGGAUACUUCCUGGCAGGGCGCUCUAUGACCUGGGUAGCUAUUGGUGCCUCUUUAUUUGUGAGCAAUAUUGGGAGUGAACACUUCAUUGGGCUGGCAGGAUCCGGAGCUGCAAGUGGAUUUGCUGUAGGUGCAUGGGAAUUCAACGCCUUAAUGCUUUUGCAACUUCUGGGAUGGGUUUUCAUUCCAGUCUACAUCCGGUCAGGGGUGUACACCAUGCCUGAAUAUUUAUCGAAGCGUUUUGGUGGCCAUAGGAUUCAGGUCUAUUUUGCAGCCUUGUCUUUACUUCUUUAUAUUUUCACCAAGCUUUCAGUUGAUCUGUAUUCAGGUGCCCUCUUUAUCCAGGAGUCUUUGGGUUGGAACCUUUACUUAUCUGUGAUCCUGCUGAUUGGAAUGACUGCUUUGCUGACUGUCACUGGAGGCCUUGUUGCUGUCAUCUAUACAGAUACACUUCAAGCUUUGCUCAUGAUCGUUGGGGCACUUACACUUAUGGUUAUCAGCAUGAUGGAGGUUGGUGGGUUUGAGGAAGUUAAGAAAAGGUACAUGUUGGCGAAACCUAAUGUGACCUCGAUCUUGUUGACUUACAACCUUUCCAACACGAAUUCUUGUAAUGUCCACCCAAAACCAGAUUCUUUGAAAAUGUUGCGUGAGCCAACAGAUGAAGAUGUUCCUUGGCCUGGAUUCAUUCUUGGGCAGACCCCAGCAUCAGUGUGGUAUUGGUGUGCUGACCAAGUUAUUGUGCAGAGGGUCUUAGCUGCCAAAAAUAUCGCACAUGCCAAAGGCUCUACUCUGAUGGCUGGCUUUUUAAAGCUUCUGCCCAUGUUUAUUAUAGUGGUCCCAGGGAUGAUUUCAAGAAUACUAUUUGCAGAUGAUAUUGCUUGUAUUAACCCAGAGCAUUGUAUGCAAGUCUGUGGCAGCCGAGCUGGAUGUUCCAAUAUUGCUUAUCCACGUCUAGUGAUGAAAUUGGUACCUGUGGGCCUACGGGGGCUGAUGAUGGCUGUAAUGAUUGCAGCACUGAUGAGUGAUCUUGACUCAAUAUUUAACAGUGCCAGUACUAUAUUCACCCUUGAUGUGUACAAGCUCAUUCGCAAAACAGCAAGCUCAAGAGAGCUAAUGAUUGUGGGGAGAGUUUUUGUGGCCUUCAUGGUAGUGAUCAGCAUCGCUUGGGUACCAAUCAUUGUGGAGAUGCAAGGAGGACAGAUGUACCUUUAUAUUCAGGAAGUGGCUGAUUAUCUGACACCCCCAGUGGCUGCUCUUUUCCUUUUGGCCAUUUUCUGGAAGCGUUGCAAUGAACAAGGGGCAUUUUAUGGUGGAAUGGCUGGCUUUGUUUUAGGAGCUCUUCGCUUGAUCCUGGCAUUUACCUACCGUGCCCCAGAGUGUGACCAACCUGACGAGAGGCCAGCCUUCAUAAAAAAUAUUCAUUACAUGUAUGUGGCUACAGCUUUGUUUUGGGUGACAGGGCUUAUUACUGUGAUUGUCAGCCUUCUCACACCACCUCCUACCAAGGAGCAGAUCCAUACCACCACUUUCUGGUCUGUAAAAGUCCCGGACAGGAAAGAGAGCAUCCCACGAGAGGAUCCAUACAAAAUGCAGGAGAAGAGCAUUCUGAAAUGCAGUGAGAAUCUUGAGGGUACCAACCACAUUGUUCCGAACGGAAAGUCUGAAGAGAACCUUAAGACCAUCCAGCCAGAAGAUAUCAACCUCUUGAUGCCAUGCAGGGAAGAGAGCAAUCCAGUAUCUUCAUUAAGUCAUUCCGAGGCUGAGACACCAGUAGACUGUUAUUCCAAUGGGCAGGCAGCUCUCAUGGGUGAGAGACAACAAGAGAAAGAGAUUGAGAGUAGACAUCAGUACUGGAAAUUCAUAGACUGGUUCUGUGGUUUUAAAAGUAAGAGCCUAAACAAAAGAAGCCUCAGAGAUGUGGUGGAGGAGGAGGCUCUUUGUUUGCAAAUGUUGGAAGAGACUCCCAAAGUUAAGUUAAUACUAAACAUUGGACUCUUCGCUGUCUGUUCACUUGGAAUCUUCAUGUUUGUUUAUUUCUCUCUGUGAACUUUUAAGGGGAUGGUGAGACACUAGCUUGUGAGGAUACUUUCUUUGGGAAAAAAAGAUUUAUUUGUAACUGUUGCAUCUCUCAAGCAUUGUUUGUGCUGAGGUUUUAGCCAAAUUUUACUUAGAAAAAAAAAUCAUCUAUUUGCAAGACUUUUUAAUCUACCCAGAGUUGAACAAAAACAAAUACUCUUCAGUUUAAAUGAAGCAAAACUUUUUUUAGUCUUCUCAGUUGUACAAAUGAAAUUAAAUUUUUCCUUCAAUACCAAAGUAAAGAAAAUUGUUUUAUCUUAAUGUUAUACUAUGAGAGAACUUAGACCAGCUACCAAGGGGACCUUUAAAACAAAAUAUAUUUAUUUUGCAAUACUUUGAACAGAUGUAUAGUAUACGCUGCCAAGUCUGGGUAGGAUUUUUCACACCUCAGAGUACAAGAUGCAUUAAAAUGUAAUUCUCUUGCAUCUUCUUAACCCUGUUUCCCCUACCCCCAUUCAAUUUUUCUAAAAAAAAAAAGAAAAAAAAAGAUUGUUAUUGCACAAUCAAAUUUUGCUAUAAAGCUGUUUAUUGGAAUUCUGUGGUAAGUCCAUCAUAAUAAGUUAGUCAGUUUUACUGCCAGAAUUUGUAAGCCAAGAGUCUUUGUGAAAAGAAAGAAAAACUAUUUUCUUAUAGGUGUUCUCUUGAAUCAGCCAUUAUAACAGCAUUUUGAGAAUAAGUUCAUGUUCUACUUUCUUUUCUUUCUUUUCCUCUUUUCUUCCAUACGAAAUACUGGGCUCUUGCAGAUUGUCACUAUGCUUUUUCUUAAGGGAAAAUGGGUGAAAGAAUGUGAAUGGUAUAGUUUACAAAUGAGCACUAUUACUGAGACAAUUCUGAACAUAAGUCCUGCUGACAAGUUGGUUGGGCCUUCAUCUCUGAAGAGGAUGGAAAGCUAUACUGUGAUGGCAAGCUGGAAGAGACCCCUCUUCUGGUAGUGGAGAUGCUCCCCUUGGAGAAGCUGGUUGACAUGGUCUGGCUCCUGUCUAACUUCAGUAACUGAGAUCAUAGUUCCAUGUCUUACUCCAUUAGUAGGGAAGUCACAAGAUGGCUACCCUGGUGGAGGAUGGCAUAAAAACACAAGAGCAAAUCCAUAGUUAUUCUUUCUCUUUACUGAAUACUGUAUAACUAUAUUGGUUUUCAAUCACUACAUCUUUGCAAAAAUAAAAAAGAAGUGGAACACUUCUAUUCCCUUUGGAUUUUACCAAAACGAUUUAAAUUAAAUAUCGAGAUUCUUUCUUCUGGCUUUCAUUCAGAUUAUGAACCAUAGAGAUUUUUGUCUCUAAGUUAAUCUUAACUGUGUUGGAUUACUGCUAAUUGAUCCAACCACGAUUAAUUUUUAAAAGUUAUCUGGUAGCAAAAUGUCUUCCCAUCCCCAUAAGAACUUUGUAGAAGAUGUCUGUGGUUUAUAAUAAUUUCUUGUAUUAAUAGCAUGUCUUUAUGGAGUGCCUUGUGAACAUUAUUGAAUUCAUUCUACAUAUUUAUAUUGCUGGGAUAAAUAAGAAAGGAUCAACCUUAUUUAUCUAAGAUACCAAGUUGGUCAGGUCUCCCAACUUGUGUUUUGCCCAUUAAGAUACACUUUUCUGAAGACUAAAUUCUGUGUCUCUUCAGAGGUAUGAUUAAAAAGUUAGGAGUUUUCUGAUAACUUUUAAAGAAAUGUUGUAAGGUAAAAAUUUCUUCUAAUUUAACUUUUUUUGGGAGUUUAUUGUAUUACAAUGUGAAUUCAUUUGUAUGCCAAUUUGCAUGCUAUUGGUGUCAUCUGCAUUUUUUACCCCAUUGAUUUAAAAGCAAAUUUUAAAACAAGAUUUAGAAAUUUUUUUGAUUAAUUUAGAACCAUUGGUUCUCUCAUUCCCUUAUAGUUGUCUUAAUUGAUUAUUAUACAAAUAAUAGCAUCUGUGUGUGUAUACAUACAUAUAUAUCUAUUUUAAACCUGGGCUAAUGUUUAUGAAUCAGGAAUUCAAAUUAGUGGUCAACUAAAACUAUUAAUUUAAAUCUAAAACCUUAUUACCAUGACUGUUAUCAGUCAAAUAAUAACUUUCAGUUUCAUAGUUAUUUAUGACUUUUGCAGACAAAAAUUUCUUAAAAUAUUCCACAGGAUUACUUGGAAAGAGGUGUGGACUAUUUUUAAUAAAGUACUUUUAACAAUAAUGUUAAAUAGGUACUCUUUAUAGACAUUAGUGUGCACAUUAUUAUUUGUUAUUUUAGGUUAAGAUUCAUAUUUGGUUUAUGGUAACAGUGAUCAAAGCUACUAAGAAUCAAAACGAGGGACAUGAAUGAAUUUGUUGUACAGAAUUGAAAAGAAUUCUAUUAGCUGUCUACACAUGAUCCAAGUUAUUUUGAUGUUUUUAAGCGUUUGUGUCCAUAGGUGCCCUUAUUCCCAAAUGGGCAGGAUUUGUAAUCUCAACCCUGGAGUGACUACCUCAGCCCUUUCCUCCUGCCAGUCAACUCAUCAGUCCUCUAUGCUAGAUAGGAGAAAUUUGGGUUCUGAAGGAUUCUUGUUGGCAAUACCAAUGGUUUUUUUGUGUCAUUUGGCCAUUCCAUUUUAUAACCAAAUAAAUUUGCAUUUGGCUGCCAUGAUACAUUCUCUCUGUUGCAGAGUGUGUAGUUUCCCAGUGAAAGGGGUUGUUGCAACCUAGUCAGUAAAGAUUGGGCCAUGGUUGCAGUUUCUAAGGAUAUUCCCACAUUUUUCAUAGCUUACUCUUAAAAGGUUAACUUUAUAGAACUAGAAUAGAUGUUAGCCAUGACUCUAGCUUACAUUUCUACUUGCUUUCUUGUUCUUCAAUUGAGAUAGUUGGUAGCUGGAAGAAAUUUAAUGGCUUGUCUUUAAAAACCUAGAAUCAUUCUAGUGAGGUUUCUUUUUCUAUCGUACUGUACUACUUAUAUUUAUUUCCCAAGAAUCAGCAGCUAUUUGUAGUUCAAUUUUUCUACCAAUGUCUUUGGUCCAGCUGUGUUCAUGGUUGCUUGCAGAUGAGCAUGAUCCUUUCCAUUUUGGAGUAUAUUAGCAGCUUUUGAUAUUUUUUCCUCUUCCCUACUAGCUCUACUAAGACUAGUUCACCUCCAAAACCUUGCUUCUGUCCUUGCUUAUCAAGUACAGAAGGAUGGGAAAACUGAAAGUAGUUUUCCUAAGGUAUAAAGCUUAAGGUACAGGACCACAUAUUCUUUCAUGGGACUUUGGCACUCACAGGAACAAAAAAAUUUUUUUUUCUAAUAUCUCAGAGAUAACUAAAACUCAUAAACUCUUUUGAACAUUCAUUUGAAAAAAUAUACUAAGCAAAUAACAGGAUUUUGUAUAUAGUAAAUUUAAAUGAUAUAAAUAACUUCCAAACACACAUUGGGGGGAAAAAAAGGAAUGUGACAGUUGUUGAUGUUUAACCAUAUUAAGGAAGCCUGAUUUCAGCUUAAAUUUUUGUGAUGGAUAGACUGUUAAUCUUUAUAAUUGAAAUGAUGAUGGUGGUUGAUCUUUAUUGGUCAUAAUUUAUUAAGACAAUAUUUCAAUUUUUGCUUCCAAAGACUUUAACAUUCGUUUGGUGUGAUGUCUGGUUAAUACAGAAUGAAUUUUGGGCAUAAUAUUGUCUACAGAAAGGUGACUCCUCUUUUUUUUUUUCCUUGACAUCAUUUUCCUUCCAUCUUCUACUCUUCCUCUUUUCCUUUUCACAUUUCAAUUGGUCAUUGUUUUGUUAGCUUAAAGUAAUUUCAAACUUGUCAUUGUAUGAGAGUUCUGCUUUUUUCUAGUGUUGCAAAUAACAAUCCCAAAGAAGACUCACUUAGUUUAGUUAUAUAAAAUAGUCAAGAAUAAUAAACAUUUUACUUUUAACACUUGCUGCUUUUCAUUAGAAAAUGAGAACUUUUUCCCAGCUUUAUUCAGUAUUCUUCUUAGCUAAUAAUGUGAACUCUAGCUUAACCCAGUAAUAUUUAAUUCCCUGAUGUUUUGUUCUCUUUAAAAAAAACCCAAAAGAACAUUUGAGGAAGCUACAGUUCAGGGUUCAUGUUAAUUUUAUAUAAUUGCAAUAGCUAAAAAGAAUAAGAGUAAUGCUGUGCUGCUAAAAAAUAAUUUAUAGGUAGUUUUUUUUUUUUUUAAAUUCCUUUUUAGUGAAGGAGGGUAUGGGAACUGAUGGCUGAUAGAAGAGAGAUAAAGUACUGAUGGACUAAAUUUUUCAUUUCUCACUUGUUGGAAUGUUAUUAGUAGGCCCGAGACAUAACCAAAUUCAGAAGAUAGUAAUCUUUGACUGCAUAUCCUUUUUCUUUUUUAAGAUUCUUAACCUUUUUUUGUGUUAUGAACCCUCUGAAGCUGCUAACCUCCUAAAAAGGUUAUUUAAAAAUUAUGAUGGAAGAAAUGCUAAAUUUCAAUUUCUCCCCCUUCAUUCUAAAGCCUACUCUCCUCAGCUCUCAGUUCAGAAUUCAUGAAGUCAUACACUACCUAACUACCUUUGUGGCAAGCUAGAAUAUUUGGCAGCUUUGAUCAAGGCAUAUUGCUCUUGUGUAGGAGCAUAGUAGGAGGCUCAGACUUACAGUGCCCAAAUGUCUCCAUGAUUUCAUCUUAAGUUUUUUUUGAAUUCUCCCCAAAUAAUGGGAAUAAGAUUUAAACUACUGAUGUACCUAAUGAAGAUUCUGUGAGGAUAAAUGAAAUUUGUUUGGUAUUUUUAAGCACUUUGAGAUUUUCAGAUUGUCAUGUUCAUGUCAAAUAUACUAAGCACCACCCCACUCAUCCAGUUGUUAAGACUUUUAGCAAUUGCAGCAAAUGGGACACAACCAUGACCCUAAAAGGCUUAUCAAAUAUAAGAAAAAAUUAGUUUGAAAUAUCACUUGUAAAGCCCCUUGAGGACAGGAACUGUGCCUACUUAUUUAUCUCUGCCAUUUUAGCACUUAGCACAGUGCCUUGUUAAUAAUAGGUGCUUAAUAAAUCAAUGUGUUUUUAAAUGAAUGAAUGAAUAAAAAAUGCCCAUGCACUUUAUUCUGUAGAAGAAGCCCUUACUUAGAUCCUAUUGACUUAAACCAUUAUCCUUAACUUUACUGAGAAUUUUGAUUGUAUGAAUUUUUGGAGGGCUGUUAAAAAAAAAAAAAAAAAAAGCAGGCACAA